CAAGAAGCCAAAAACCUAGCAGCCUACGCAGCGAAGCCAAGAUGCCGCAGAGCCGCGAACUCGCCAACAAGAAGAACGACCACAAGGACCGCCAUUCGCGCGGCCCCAUGGGCGCGGGCGCCGGCCCCAAGAAGGGCGGCGCCGGUGCGCACAACUGGGGCGUCUCGACGGAGGAAGAAGGCGCCAUCGCCGCCGUGGACCGCAACGACCCCAACUACGACAGCUCGGAGGAGAACUAGGCGCCGCGUCGCUUCGCAGCGCGGGAGCUGAAGGGACCGGGAGAGAAUGCAGCACGCAGCAGUAGCAGCGGGGCAGAGUGACGUCAAAGUCGUGCUGGCACGAGCGUCAGUGUGUGCGUGAAGGAGAGGAAGGGGAGAGAAAGAAGACGAGAAAGAAGGGCUUCCAUCGUUUUGAGGGUCGUCUCCGCCGGGAUGCUUCAGCGAGAGGAGCCCACACAGAAACAGAAGGAUAAUUUAUCGAAACCCAUUAUAAAAAUCUCAAUACCCGU